AGUUCAGUUAUAUAGAUAUUCGCCUGACAGUGACAGUUAUCAACGGGGCACAAUUCGGUGUGACACUGUACACCAGGCCAUCCCAAUCUGGGGACAGAAGGCGAUUCUCUGCGGGCCAUGGCCCACGAGCAAAGGUGCCAUUCGUGAAUAUUGCAUUAAUCUGGAAUGAAUUUACUGUGAUUUUUUUUUUUGACCUAAAUUGCAUGUGCUCUUUUGCUCUCCUUUGUUGGCGUUUGUAGUAUUUAACGUGCGCAUUGAGUAACAAAAACCAUGUCAUGGGAUAAACUAGGUAUUUUUAUAGACUAGGUGUUGAGACUUUUCGGAAGGGGGUGUCUGAUCACAAAGUUUUGAGAACCACUCAUGAAAUUUUUUCUCAUUACAAUACAUGAUGUUUUAGCUAUACUCGUAGAAUACUUUGCAUAUUGCAUUUUAUUGCCGAGCUUAGAACACCAUGUUUGCGAGUUUAUCAAUUCCCAGCCAGCGUAUGGUACCAUUGGCAGUUAUGUGGACAUAGAUCAUCAAAACAUUUACGAUUUCAAGUCGCAAUCAUUCAGGUAAAGCGUGUUUAUCGCUCAAAUAUCAUUAAAAAUACAGGUUACACGUGUUUUAUUCGAUCUUUGCGUGGUUCGUGAUUUCAAUAGAUGCCGCUGUCAUUAACAGAUAAAUUUUUGUUUUUGGACGAUAAACUCAAAAAUCAGCACAGUCAAGAUCUGAUAUCCCAAUAUAUGGCGUCUUACUAUGGGGGAUAAUCCCGGUUCGUUUUAACCAGUUACCCAGUUCAUAUCUAUAUCUCCCAGGGUUGAAUAAACUACCAUGACGACGUUUUUCAUAAUACGUUUGGUAUUAUGUUAUGAUAUAUAUAUUUUUUUAUUAGUAAUAAAUAAUAUAUAUACACUAUGCACGAACGUAAAGUAAUUGAAUAGAUAAUAUAUACAAUAGUUAAGGUAGACUUAACAUUCUUGGCAAAUGGUUAAAUGAGGCAUAUGAAGUUAGGUAAGGCAAAAGGUUUUUCUCAUAAAACACAAACCAAUGCUACAGUUGUUUCUGCAAAUGUGGAAAGAACAAAUUCAUGGCCUUUUAUUUUUUUGAGCCUCCUAAUGUACUUAUGUCUGCUGACUAUAUCCCCGUAUAAAUGAACGAUAAAAAGGUAAGGGUGAACACCCUAACAAUAAACGAGGUACUUACAUAUAUUUAUCUUCGGCAGAUAUUCCCACCAGGCAAGGAAAAAUUGUCUGGUCAUAUGUUUGUCGAGACAAUAGUCUUCUAUAUAUAACGAGUGUUCACAAAUAGGACUAAAUUAAUCAUUUACAACGAAUACUGAGGGAUGAUCUGAUCAAAGAAUAUCAGUAUGUUGAUUCAAGGUUUGUGGAUCGUGUAUAGUUAGACAGCAAUUGGCAACCUGCGGCUCAUUUCGGAUUUCUGGCUUCUGUGAAUCAAAUUAGCUACAACAGUUUUUUGUUAGAGACAGUGGGAAUUCAAUAAAAUCGGGGCCAUAAAGUCGAUUACUACUUACUAAUUACACAUCACAGCAGGUAUAAGGGGUCGAGAGCGGUAACGGUGAAUCAAACCUGCAAAACAAGCUUUUUCUUUAAUUUUCAGUUCUUUUCGUCGUAAACUGAAUUAUUGCAUCAAGUUAUUAAGCUUCUUUUUAGUAAGAACUAGAAUGAUGCUCCAUAACUGGUUUUCCGAGAGUUUUAAUAGCCACUGACAUCAUAGAGUAGAUGUUGCUAAUAGGUUUCAGUUUGACGGAAAGAAUAGCAAAUGGCUCUUUCAAUGUUAAAGGUUGCCGAUCCGUGAGUUAGACAAUGUCGAUUGUAGAGAAUAGCGAAGGUAUUGAAAGUUUUACAACAGAGUCUACACGAGAAUAGCAAUUGGGAACAAUUUUUCAUGCAAAAUUUCAACUCCAAAAUCUAAUUUGUUGGUCUGAUAUACGCUCAAAAGUUGAAAUACUACGGUAAAAAUUUUUAUGAGAUUUUUACAGUAUGGUGGAGGGUCAUCAUGCCUUACUUCAGGAAUGGUGAAUUAGAAAGAUGAUAUGAAAAAUAUUAAACUCUACUCAAAGAAUCCUAUCUCUCACAUCUCUCGUCUCCGCAUUUCUAAAUAACUUUGGUUCUCAGUUUUUUAAUUGCGAAUAAUUUUAUAAGUCAUCAUGUCUUAUCAUAAAUAUACCAUGGAUAUAUAGUUUCGAUAUUGUCAUGGAAAGUGGAUUAGCAAGUGAAAACAUUAACAACUUGUUGAAUAUUGGAUCUAAAACUGGAAAAACAUUCAUGUUUACCGAAGAGCAGAUAACGAAGCAAUUAGUGGAUAUGCGAGAGCAAACUGACUUUAUGAAAAAGUUCAGAUGCGCUAUCGGGAUUGCCUUACGGGAGAUAAAAACAUUACGGACCACAAUGUCUACAGAAAACCCCAAACCAAAUGAUGUUGCAACAACUCGAAAGCGGCAUUCGUCAUGUUCGGCUAUAGCAGACUCUAGCUCCGUCGAUAAUACUUUGGCGGGAACAGAUUUGGCGACAUCUAAUGUUGGUGCUCCUAAUUCAUGUUCUAGCGAUGCCAAAAUGUGUGGAAAAGAAAGCUGUGUUUGUUCUGAAUUUGGGGGAAUAGAUCUCGCAAUUUUGAGAGAAUAUUUAUCAAAAAUGGCACUGAAUGAAGUUAAACUUUUUCCACCAACUCAAACUCUGUCUGAAUAUGUAAAACAUGUGCAUAUUGACAAAUUAAAAAGCACAAGUAAAACCACUGAAAACGCCAUCCGCCAUAUUGACUCACUUAAACAAGUUGUUGCAAAUAAGAACGCUGCUGUUGAAAAACUUUGCAAACAGUUGACUCAAGCAAGAAUAAUGAGAGUCAAGCGAGAGGCCAAGUUGGAACAAAAACUGAUGGAAAUGAAAGAAUGGAAAGAAAAGUAUGAAAAAGUAAAGAAAAAUAAUGAAAAACAAGUAAAAAUAACGCAAGGUUUGAGAUUGACUUUGAACGCCGAAAGGCAAAAAGUGAAAUCGUCGGAGAAAAUGGCGCGGAGCUUGGAUCAAACGCGCCAAGCAUUUGAGUCGUUAAAAUCUCAAGCAGGGCAGCUAAUGACUGCCCUUAGAAACAAGGACCAAGAAAUAGACGAACUUACAGCAAAAUUAGAAGAGAUGGAAGGCGGAAAUAGCUACAUGAAUUUUCGGGAACAGAUGACGUCACAAUGUCACGGGUUUUCGGAGUACUCAAAUAUGACAUCAUCGAUGUGCCAAACGGAUCCUCAGCACUGUAUGGAUUGUGAAAGAUACAGAAAUGAAUUGGACGAGCUGCGCAAUAAAUACGAUAUACUUUCUCGCGAUUUUGAAAAUUAUCGAAGGACGAUCAGGCCUCACGAUAUGUUUCAAGACGUUCCUUUCAAUUCAUCGCACCAUUCGCGAGAUAGCGCAAUAGAGUAUUCCGGUCGCCAUUAUAAUACUCAUAGUUUGCCUCACAAUCAUCCGUAUGGAAAUAGAAGGGGGAGAAUGCACGCUCCAUACACAUCUAUUGAUAGCUACAGAAGAGUGUCGAGACCUCCGUUGAGAAGAAGACUACAUUACGAUAUGCAGAAUCAUGGGAACCAAAAUCCAGGCACAGUCUCUAGCGCCACUGAUCCAUCCUCGAAACCAACAGCCGACGCUCUGCUGUCACCUAUCGAUGAGAGUGAUGAGAGCAACGACGAAGUUUCUUCCUCAACUAAAUCUGAAUCGCUGAAUGAAAGUGUAAGCGUUGCAGAGAUUUCAAAUGAAUAUGCUGUUACCCGGCCAUCGGAAUGCAAAACGUUGCUGCAUCCGUAUGAAACGACGUCGGUUCCACAAAGUAUACGGCCAUCUUCAUUCGGAACACCAUAUAACGAGAACCAAACCUCAUCCAUCUGUCCUGAAACAGUCACUGUUACUCAACUUCCCUCUUCUUAUAACCCAGGUAUAACUCCACCGUCUUCUCAAAGUACACCAAUUUCUACAAACCAAGAGCAGACGCCGUUUGGAGUAAAAAAAGAUGUGCAUCCUGAGUUUCAUGAAGAUGGGCAUAAUUUCCCUGGUCACAUAAAUCACCACCAUCACAGUAACCACCGUUCGCAUAAGAAGCCAAUGUCUCUUGAACUUCACGAAAAAGCUUUAAACUCACCAAAUGCGUUAAAAACAAAUUCACAAAAUCAAUCGCCAUUUGUACAUGAAAAAUCAGCAAAAACGUCAUACCUCGAAUUGGGCACGAGUGCCACACCCUCGCCCAGCAGUUCGAUAAAAUCGGGAGGCGACGGUCUGAUGGAACCAGAACUCUGCUUGAAUAGUUUUAUCCGCACUAGCGAACAGGACACGUUUUUAGAUACAGCGUCCGAUCUAAGUAGCUUGCCGAAUGACAGUACUGAGUACCAACAAGACACUAUUAAUGAAGCUGAUAUUGGAGCGGUACCCUCAACGUUUGGGAUAAUUUGGCAUCCUGCUUUAAUCAAGCCAGGUCUUUCAGAGACCUCGAGUAACGACAAAAUAAACUCUGAUAAUAUAGCUGGAAAUAUAUGGGGCGCUGAAUCACCUAACUCCACAGAUAUUACAAAACCUAUUGUUCAUACGCGCAAAUCUAAAAAGACGGAACCUCGUUGCGUUAAUUACAAAGGACAUAAAAUCGACGUAACAAAUUUUUCACUUCAGACUUUCAGGGAAAUUAUUUGGUCGUUAGACGGCGGGCCAGAGUCAUCAGAUGACUUCAUAAAAUUUUUGGCCUCUCUUGCUAAAAAAUUGAAUGCGAAUCCAAAAUGGGCCGGUAAGCAUUCAAUGGGGAAUCCUGCCGAUUGGUUAUCACUACGGGGAGUUUACUGAACACUCUUAUUUUAGCCACUGUACUUUCGCAUGGCUAACUUAUUGUAUUCUAAUUGUUAAUUACCGGGUGUUAUUAUUAUAGACAUACAAAGUUCAUCAUUUAUUACUUUAAAACUUCUUAUUGUUGCUGCUAUAUAAAUAAUUCUAGUCUAAUUAGCUUUCAAAUGCGCUUAUAUAUUUCUAACUAAUAUGAAUGACUCAUGAGUAGCCAUGUUAGUUAGGUGUUGACCUUGGCUCGUCACGAACUUUUUGUAGGAUGAUCUUCACUUCCGAUCUGAUAAUCGCUUCGUAAGAGCGGUUACUCGUGUGUACGUAGUUUCUUGGGUUUGGAGAACUUAAUCUUUUUUGUUCACGCUAUAAUUUUCUAUUUUUAACCUGUGGGGGGUUCGCUUUAACAUCACCCAGCAUGAAAAGAGCUACGAACCGGAAUCUGUGCGAUUUAGUGUUUGCCGCAAGUCGAUUUGUAGGCUUAUAUACCUUGUGAAUUUGCUGAUGUCUUUUUCAAAUUUCUGAUGCCCAAAUUUAGGGGAGAAGUAAGCCAAUGAAAUUGUUAUGCUCUUACAUUCUGAAAUAUACUCAUUCUGGUCCCGUAGUAUGUGUACCAGGUUAUGGUUAGGCCAUGAUUUUAUUCCGAUUUUCCUUAUUCUAGUUAUAUUCGGCGACUGUCUGUGUUAGCCAAGUGAACAUACCCUCUGCCAAUAAGUUUCAGUUUCUUUAUACAACUUGAUGUAAAGUAGGCGAACAAAAUUAGUUACCUCCAUAUUGAUACACACACUUCUGGAGCGCCCUCAUUCUUACCGAAGUAUCCUUGUCUAAGUCUCCAAGUCAGAUUCAAAAACAUUAGGAAAAUGGUUGCAAAUAACGCCAGCCACCCUGACAUUUUUUUUUGCUUAAUUUUCUUGUGCAAUUCAUCUUCUGGUGCUUCUAGAAUAAAUAAUAUUUCUAUAAUUUCUUUCAAAUAAAAUGAUGCAUUUCACCGCACUUAAUUCAUGGCUGAAUGUUAAUUUGCCAUAUAUAUCGGUAGUUGGUUUAUUUUAAUUAAAAAAUGAUAGAAUAAACAAUUGCAUUUGAUUUGAGUACUU